UUAUUUUUAAUUUUCAUUCGUUUAGAGUGUCAAAUUUAAAAAAAAAGUCAAGUAAAUUUCCAAGUUUUAUAAAAAUUAUUGUUGUUUUAUUCCUUUUAUGAUGAACAUUUUUACAACUGUAUUAUUAUUUUUACCCGUGUCUGUAAACUCAAUUAACAGAACGAAUGGCGAAUCGCUCAACUUUUGCCCUGCUUGUGCACAAUGGAUUAUCUCUGAUUGCAAGGUGAAUAAAAAGAGCGUAUCGAUUGAUAAAGACGAAGAUGCGUACAAGCUUCGAUAUCUUCAGCAGGGUGAAACUGUUGAUCCAAAACUAGAGAAAUGCUUGGACGACAAUCUUAAAGUAGUUGGGGAACUGACGAGCUUUAUUUGUAUGAAGUCGAUGAGGAAAGGAUGCUUGGUGGUUGGGAAUAAAAAGCAAUUCGCUAUUCAGAAUUCAUUAAGUUACGUCUGCAGAUAUUGCGCCUUUUAUUGCGAAUGUGAGAAGCUCAUUGAUAGCAGCAGCAUCCUUAACUCCUAUUUGAGUGUCUCAUGUGUUAGUUGUGUGGUUUUUAUUAUGUUGUAUCACAUAUUUAUUUUUAUUAAUUGAAUUUAUUGGAACAAGUGUUUGUUAAAA